GAGACAGUUGAUGGUGAAAUAUUCCGGAUUGCAAGAUAUCGUCAUCUAUCGCGUACGGUUGCCCGCAGCGGGUAUUUUUGUACAGGCGGCGACUGAGAUUUCCCUCCCGGUUGUCGCACAGGGCGGGGCGGGGCCCGGUCGUGCACAAGAUGGCGGCGGCAGUGCGAGCGGCGAUGGUGCCCCUGCGGCUCUCGGUCAACAGGCAUCACCGCCUUUCAGGUACACACGGCUUCACAUGUCCCUUCCCUUUGCCGCUGCGGCUCUCGGUCAACAGGCAUCACCGCCUUUCAGGUUACAUCUGUCGCCGUUUCACAGUUUCUUCAAUUAUGAUGGAGAGGACCCAUGUCAACUGUGAAGUCAAAAGUGAUGUUGCAGUUGUACGAUUUAACACGCCAAACUCUAAGGUUAACACCCUAUCUCAAAAGCUACAGUCAGAGUUUACUGAAGUGAUGGAUGAAGUCUGGGCAAAUGAUGCAGUUAGAAGUGUUGUCCUCAUCUCAUCAAAACCAGGAUGUUUUAUCGCUGGGGCUGACAUUAAUAUGAUACAGGACUGUAAAACUGUUGAAGAGGCAGUUCAUUUAUCUCGAGAAGGGCAAAAAAUGUUUGAGAAGAUUGAAGAAUCCACCAAACCAGUUGUAGCUGCUAUCCAUGGCUCUUGUCUUGGAGGUGGUCUUGAGGUCGCCCUUGCCUGCCAUUACAGGAUAGCAACAAAGGACAGAAGGACAAUCCUGGGCACUCCAGAGGUCAUGCUUGGUUUACUGCCAGGGGCUGGGGGCACUCAGCGAUUACCAAAGAUGAUUGGUGUUCCUAAUGCUCUUGACACCAUGUUGACUGGGAAAAAUAUUCGUGCUGAAAAAGCCAAGAAAUUGGGUUUGGUGGACCUGUUAGUUUCUCCCCUUGGUCCUGGGUUGAAAAGUCCAGAAGAGAGGACAGUGGAAUACUUGGAAGAAGUGGCAAUUGAUUGUGCCAGAGGAAUAGCAAAUAAACAGAUCUCCCUCAAGAAGGACAAGAAAAUGAUGGACAAGAUUCAGUCUUGGGCUAUGAAAUUCCAUUUCGUCAGGGAACAGAUUUACAAAAUGGUAGAAAAAAAAGUGAUGGCUCAGACCAAGGGCCUUUAUCCUGCUCCACUGAAGAUCAUUGAGGUUGUGAGGACUGGAUCAGAGCAAGGAUCGGAUGCUGGUUAUUUGAUGGAAUCACAGAAAUUUGGAGAAUUGGCAAUGACAAACGAAUCGAAAGCUCUGAUUGGACUUUAUCAUGGUCAAGUAGAAUGCAAGAAGAACAAGUUUGGAAAGCCACAGAAAGAAAGCAAGAGAAUUGCUGUUUUAGGUGCCGGACUAAUGGGUGCUGGAAUUGCACAAGUCACAAUAGAUAAAGACAUUUCAACCAUCUUAAAAGAUACUACGUUGGAAGGACUUGAAAGGGGUCAACAACAAAUCUACAAAGGACUGAAUGACAAGGUAAAGAAGAAGUCUUUAACAUCAUUUGAGCGUGACAGAAUCCAGUCAAACUUGACUAGUCAGUUAGACUAUUGUCAAUUUGAUAAAGCAGACAUGGUAAUUGAAGCAGUAUUCGAAGAUAUGAAACUCAAACACAGUGUCCUGAAGGAAGUAGAAGCUGUUAUUUCCCCUCAUUGUAUCUUUGCGAGUAACACUUCUGCUCUUCCGAUUUCUGAAAUUGCUGCUGUCAGUAAAAGACCAGAAAAGGUAAUUGGAAUGCACUAUUUCUCACCUGUGGAUAAGAUGCAGUUACUGGAAAUCAUCACCACGGAUAAAACCUCAAAAGAUACAACUGCAGCAGCUGUAACAGUUGGCCUUAAACAGGGAAAAGUAAUCAUUGUAGUUAAGGAUGGCCCUGGAUUUUAUACAACAAGAUGUCUUGCACCUACAUUGGCUGAAGCACUCAGAGUCUUGCAGGAAACUGGUGAUCCAGAGAAACUGGAUAGACUCACAACUGCCUUCGGGUUUCCUGUAGGCACUGCCACACUGAUUGAUGAGGUUGGUGUUGAUGUAGCAGCGCAUGUUGCAGAGGAUUUGGGGAGAGUCUUUGGCUCUCGAAUGGCAGGUGGAAAUGUUGAAAUACUAAAAACUAUGGUCGAGAAGGGAUUUUUAGGCCGUAAGGCUGGCAAAGGUUGCUAUCUUUACCAGCCAGGUGUAAGGGCCAAAAAUUUGAAUCCAGGUGCUAAGGAAAUAAUGGAACGUUUCAAAAUCCCUUCAAACCCUGAAACUUCCACAGAUGAAGAUAUUCAAAUGCGUUUGGUGUCGAGAUUUGUGAAUGAGGCAGUAUUGUGUCUGCAAGAAGAAAUAUUAAGUAAUCCAAUUGAAGGAGAUAUUGGAGCUGUUUUUGGCCUGGGGUUCCCACCGCGCCUUGGAGGACCUUUCAAAUUUGUAGAUUCCUAUGGAGCAAGCAAAAUGGUUGACAAGCUGUUAAAAUAUGAAAAUGUUUUUGGUGCUGAGUUCACACCUUGCCAGAUGCUGCUGGACUAUGCCAAGGAUGAAAGCAAGAAAUUCCGUCACUAAAAGAAGUUUCUACUUUUAUUUACAUAACAAAAUUAAAUCAUUAGACAUGUACAUAAUUGCUGAAUGUGACAGCUCUAAAAAGGUUGCAAUUAGGCUUCUCUUGUAUACAUGAUCUAGUUUUAUCUGAACUAUUGAUUUCUUUCAUAUUAAAUGACGUGCAGUCUAAACUC